AAGGAAUCGCAUGUUCUACCGGAGGUGAAUCUCCCGAUGUGAGCAGACUGGAGACAAUCACAGGCUCGGACUGUCGCGCUGGUCUGCCUACGUGUGUCAGUGAAGUGCUUGUUGACGUGACAAAAUGGUGUCCAGUGAACAGUUGGACAUUAAAAAACUCCAAAGUGAUAUGCUCUCAACUUCCGUCAUCCUACGUCUGAGGUGGUCGAAGCGUUUUCGCGAAUCCGUGUAUUUAUCUUUGGUCCCGUUCAAUCCGGAACAAGACGCGCUUGCCAAGCUGCCUUCCGAGCCAUGCAUCAAGGAAGUGGGCAAAACGUGGGUCUCGUUGACUUGGAGUCGGCCGGAACAGGACGGGGCCCCUCCCAUCACUGCUUACAAGGUGGAGGCGAAACCGAUGGGCGAGGAGAAUUGGAAGGAGGUGGGCCUAUCAGCGAACAUCCAGUACGACGCUUUCAAUCUCAACCCAGAGAAAGAGUACAUUUUCCGCGUCACGCCGAGGAAUAAGUACGGAUGGGGGGAGCCAGUGACGACAUCGACACCCAUUCAGCUUCUUGGCCCGUCGAGGCCUCGGCUGCCAGAGUUCGUGCGAAUAUUGCCCGGUCAUUUCCGGGCCCUCGCCGGAUACGCCUUGAAGUUGAAAUGCCAGGUGAAAGGGACCGCGGAGAUUUCGUGGUAUCACGAGAACACCAAGCUGGAGCCGGAAGCCGGAAAGGGUCGUGUGCGGACUGAGAUCAACAUGGACAACGUUCACACUCUAAUCAUCACGGACAUCACUCGAGCCGAACGUGGAAUGUACAUGUGUGCCGCAGAAAAUGCUGCUGGACGAGUGACAACCUACUGCCACGUCACAGUCGUGAAUGAUGCGUCUGAAGUCGAUAUUGACCCUUGGAUGGAUCCGGGUUAUCCGCGAAUUCUGAGAACUGUGAACGAGAAGCUUAGAAGCCCGGAGUUCACUAUGCGAUUGCGAACAAGACGGAUUGAAGUGUCGUAUCCUGUACGUUUGACCUGCCAUGUCGACGGAAACCCGCUGCCCAGCGUAAACUGGUUCAAGGAUGCAGAAUUGAUCGAAGCUGGUGGGAGGUAUAAGCUGUUGCAGGAAGGUGGAUUCCACACUUUGGAAGUUACCAAUGCACGCUACGAGGAUGCCGGCUUGUUCAGCGUUCGUGCGAUGAAUACACACGGGGCGACGACGUGUCACGCGUCGCUCAUUGUCGACGACGGAUUGCACGCUUACGUCAGUCCCAAGUUUCUGGUUGAUCUGGAAGAUGUUUCCGUGGUUGAGGGCUCCAGUCUCGUCGUCGAAGCCGCCAUCGAAGCUUACCCAGCUGCCGGGGUCACCUGUUUGCGUGAUGGGCAGAGGCUGCGAUUGAGCCGUCGCCACUGCCUGACCCUUGAUCGCACCGGUCAUCUAUCAUUCUCCGUGCGGAACGUUCGGCCUUCGGACGAGGGGAAGUAUUCCUUCAUCGUUUCUAAUGUGAUGGGCAAGACGAUGCGAAGUGUCCGAGUUUUUGUAACACCUCGUCUGCCGUCUGAGGAAGCCGCCGAAAUCGAAGGGUAA